GGGCAAAGGGUAGGCAGUACUGGUCUGGACCUUAGCGCCUCGUCCGCGCUUGCAGACUCCAGCCAUGGCGGGUCCUGAGUGGGAGUCGCUGGAGCACAGUUUGGAGAAGCACCUGCCUCCUGCAGACUUGCGGGAGGUGAAACGCGUUCUCUAUGGCAAGGAAACCAGGAAGCUUGAUCUGCCCAGCAGGGCUUUGGAAGCUGCCUCUGAAGGGGACUUUGAGCUGCAGGGAUAUGCCUUUGAGGCCGCGGAGGAGCAGCUGAGGCCGCCUCGGACUGUGCGUGUGGGACUCAUUCAGAACAGAACUCCCCUGCCUGCAGAUGCCCCCGUGGCAAGACAGGUCACCGCCCUUCACAGACGCAUUGAAGCCAUUGUAGAGGUGGCCGCAGUGUGCGGGGUGAAUAUCAUCUGUUUCCAGGAAGCCUGGACUAUGCCCUUUGCCUUCUGCACGAGAGAGAGGCUUCCUUGGACAGAAUUUGCAGAGUCGGCAGAGGAUGGACCCACCACGAGAUUCUGUCAGAAGCUGGCAAAGAAGCAUGACAUGGUGGUGGUAUCUCCCAUCCUGGAACGAGACAGAGAGCACGGGGAUGUUUUGUGGAACACAGCUGUGGUGAUCUCCAAUUCUGGAGCAGUCCUGGGAAAGACCAGGAAAAACCACAUCCCCAGAGUGGGCGACUUCAAUGAGUCCACUUACUACAUGGAGGGAAACCUGGGACACCCCGUGUUCCAGACUCCAUUCGGGAGGACUGCAGUGAACAUCUGCUACGGGCGGCACCAUCCUCUCAACUGGCUCAUGUACAGCCUCAACGGGGCUGAGAUCAUCUUCAACCCCUCAGCCACCGUCGGCGCGCUCAGUGAAUCCCUGUGGCCCAUUGAGGCCAGAAACGCAGCCAUCGCGAAUCACUGCUUUACCUGUGCCAUCAACCGCGUGGGUGAGGAGCAAUUCCCGAACGAGUUUACCUCAGGAGAUGGGAAGAAAGCUCACCGGAACUUUGGCUACUUUUACGGCUCGAGCUAUGUGGCAGCCCCGGAUGGCAGCCGCACCCCUGGGCUCUCCCGCAAUCGGGACGGGCUGCUGGUUGCAGAGCUCGACCUGAACCUCUGCCGGCAAGUGAAUGACAUCUGGAACUUCAAGAUGACUGGCAGAUACGAGAUGUAUGCUCGGGAGCUUGCCGAAGCGGUCAAACCCAACUAUAGCCCCAAUAUCGUGAAGGAGUAGCUGGAUUUUAGCCCCUGGCUGCCAAGGAGAGCACCUCUGCCCCUGGCAUCUCAGCGAGUACAGCAGGCUUUAGAAAGUUCAAGUUCUCCCUUAUGAUGUCCUGGGAACACUGCUGUCCACAUUGGUUUAAAAAUGCUCCAGGCGGGGAGAGGUAACUGCCCAGUGGGUACAGUGUUUCCUUCCUGGCUGAUGAAAUGUUUUGGGCCCAUACAGAAGUGACAGUUGCACAACACCGUGAAUGUGUCCACGUGAAAUGCCACUGAAUCGUAUACUUUAAAAUGGCUGAAUCUAUGUCACAUGAAUUUUACCUCCAUUAAAGAAAAAAAACCCAGGCACUGAUGGUGCAGGUGGAUUUGCAGUAAGACACAUGGGAUGACCCAGUCCUGACGUUCUUCUCCGCCUCUGUUUAGACUGUCGGCAACCUGUGGGUAAGGGUGGGAACGUAUGUGCAAAUAGGGGAAGCUGAGGCUGAUCCAGAGUCAUUGAGCUGCUGGGUGGCUGUGGGCAGGGGAGAUGGUCAUCAGACGUGUCAGCAUGGCUAGACUGGCGCCCCCAGGUAUUCAAUCAGACGCUAAUCUGGGUGUUGCUAUGGAGGUAUUUUGUAGAUGUGAUUAAAGUCCAUAACCAGUUAACUAAGCAAGUGAGACUAUUCUAGAUAAUCCAGGGAGGCCUGAUUUAGUCCAUCUAAAGGCCCUCAGGAGGAGAGCUGUGGCUUCCCCUAUGAAGAAGAAAUUCUGCCUGUGGACAGCAGCUUCCCCACCCCACCUGCCCGAGAGAUCUCGUUUGCCCUUCCUAACCAUCUGCCCUACAGAUUGCAGACUUGUCUUUCCAGCCCCCACAAUCAUUUAAAUCAAUGCCUUGCAAUAAAUCUCUUAAUAUAGA